AUGAACAUGCUUGUUCGCUCCGCUACUCGCGCUCUAUCUCUAAGGACAUCUGGCCAACGAUUUCUGCAUGCCUCGCCGUACAGACUGAAUCAAGCUGGUGGUUUCACCAACAUGCUAGAAGGCGGACCUGCACCUGCCGUCCAGGUGAAAACUAUUACGCCAGACGGCAUUCAGCUCGCGGACGGACUUGUGAUACCCUCUGCGUGCAUAUUCCUUGACGGUAAAGUUUUCCUGUGGGAUGUUCCGGAGAAGCAAUGGGAGGGCUGGGACAAGAAGCAUUUCGAAAUAUUUGAGAUGGUCGUACCCAAACCGGGUGAGACUUGGACACUCUUGUUGCUACACAAUGUGUCGAAUUAUUCUCUGCCGCCUGUAGAAAUCCUGUUGUUGGGGACAGGUAAGACGGUGUCGUUCGUCCCUCCUGCACUUCGGCAAUACCUCAAUCAAACCGGUAUACAAGUCGACGUGAUGAGCACGUGGAAUGCCUGUUCUACGUACAACUUACUCACGGAGGAAGGCCGACGCGUUGCGGCGGCCCUUCUGCCUCUUACCGCUCGGUCGUGGAGCCGGGUCUCAGAGUGA